AUGAUUAGAUUGUCUGACUGCAAUGCUACAGGCAAUGAGUUUGAAUCCCGGGUAUAUCAGAAUCUAGAAAUGGAUACAGAGGCUCUAAAGGAGGAGAAGGAAGAAGGGGUGAUACAGGGCCCAGGAUUGAAUAAAAAGUCAAGGGUGUAUCUAGGAGUCCGAUCACCCAGGCAAAGUAAGGGAGACCCAGGUCCUGAUGGCUCUGAAGGUCCUUCUGGGUUCACAGGAGACAUCGGUUUUUUUGGUGCUCCUGGAGAAAAAGGUGUACAAGGUAUACCAGGAAAGAAGGGUGAGCGCGGGCUUACAGGGCCACAAGGAGAAUCUGGAGAGAAAGGAGAUGAGGGUUAUAUUGGUAAGAUUGGUAGCGAUGGCAUUGAUGGGCCACCUGGCGAAAAGGGCUCGCAAGGGAAAUCGGGAAAGCAAGGACCCGAGGGACCAACAGGACAGAAGGGGAGUAAAGGCACUACUGGGUUUCAUGGAAGCCAAGGAGAGCGAGGAUAUUUAGGCUACCUUGGAAUUACAGGUGAUCCAGGAGAGCAAGGAAUAAAGGGCGUAACAGGGUUGUCUGGCAUUCCUGGUUUCCGUGGUACUAAUGGGAAGGAUGGAGCAACUGGUGUAAGCGGAAAAGAAGGGGACAUUGGAGUAAUUGGACAGAAGGGAGACAAGGGAGACCAAGGUCCACCUGGGCCCCCGAGUAUUGAAGGACAAUUGGGUCCAAAAGGUGCAAGGGGUGAUGCUGGAACCCCUGGAAAAGCAGGACCACAGGGUCUCCAAGGUCCCAAAGGCUCACAAGGUGAUACUGGAGAUGAUGGAGCACAGGGAGAAAAGGGAAGACAAGGUGCCAAAGGAAAACUUGGAUCAAAGGGGGAAGGAGGCGGCUAUGGAGACAAGGGAUCACAAGGAAAACCUGGUCGUGUCGGACCAGUAGGUUCACUGGGCAGGAUAGGUGUUCCUGGAUCACCAGGCACAAGAGGCUACAUUGGUCCAAUUGGAGAACAAGGAGAAAAAGGUCUUCCUGGGCCUCCUGGAUUACCUGGGCUUCUGGGACCUGACAUGCCAGAUCGGAUAGUAUAUGAGCUGUGCCGCAAGGUGGUAAUUGAAGCAACAACACAGUAUGCUGCAAGCAUUAGAGGAAAGUGUGCUAGUGCCUGUCCAACUGCUAAUGCAGGUUUGAUUGGACCACCAGGACUACCGGGGGUUCUAGGGAAAUCUGGAAAGAAGGGAAAAACAGGUGCUGCUGGAAUUAAUGGAAACCGUGGACCUAGAGGACCAAUUGGUGUUCCUGGACCAAAAGGAGCGGAUGGUGACCAAGGUAACAAAGGUGAGAAAGGAAACAGAGGAGAUGCUGGUAUUGGACUGCCAGGUCCUGAUGGAGUGCAAGGUCCAAGAGGUUAUCCAGGAUACCCAGGUGUAGCCAAAGAUGGAAUAGCUGGACCACAAGGACCUCCUGGAAACAGUGGUCCUCUAGGCCAACAGGGGCUUCCAGGCUCAGCAGGUGUCCCAGGAUUCUGUGAAGCCAGGGACUGUGGUAUUAAUGCUCCAUCAAUGCUGAGUGAACAGGGACUGAGGAAAUUUUUCUGAGUACCCAUGAGAUAGACACCGAAGAGGACAAGACAAUAACUGCUUCAGUUUGUUUUCUGUGAUAUCAGCUUACACCAUGGAUUUGAGGUAAUGAGGUGUAAGGUUAAUGGACAUGCAGAAAACAAGGGAUAAUCCUACAGUCAUACAAACAACAGUUGCAUGUUCUCCCAACAUGCUGUUUCCAUAUGUGGAUCCCAGAGAUACUUUCAUCUACCUAAUUCUACAUUUUCACAGCACGCCUUGGAAAACAGGAAAUAGUAGGUCAGCUCCCCCUAAUGGAGGAUUAUAAUUACACAAAGAGAAGUGAUUGCAAUGCGUAAUUGUGAAACUACAAUGUUAUUUAAGAAUGUUUUUAUAUAGGUCCCAAAUAAAGAGAUCAUAUUUCAGCCACACGUAUGUACUCAUGAUAUAGUUGGAAAUAAAUGAAAAAUAAGAGCAACUACUGUACCUUGACCUUUGUGGCAAUAAGAAAAAGUACAAAAUGAAUAAAAAGAAUAACAUUUGUAUUGUACUUUCUAAAGAAUGAUCUGUUCAUAUUUAAAAAUCAAUAAAAUACUUGUCCCUCUUAAA